AUGAUUCAGCCAGAGGUCAGUGUCCGAGCAGACGACCCGAGAGUAGGUUCAGCUCUUACACUCGAGAGUAGGUUCAGCUCUUACACUCCAUUCAAUGCGAUGCCGGAGCAGGUCCUCAUGGAAGUUCGGGACAAGCGGCUCCUGAAAUGGCCGAACAGGAUGAAGAACGAUGUUGAAAAGUGGGACAGACGAAAGUACCACCAUUUCCACCACAACCACAACCAUUCCACCAGCGACUGCUUCGACCUUAAGGAAGAAAUCGAAGCCCUCAUUUGCGACGGACACCUACAGGAAUAUGUCAGCAGGAGGGAAGAACGAACAGGUCAAGAGAAUGAGCAACUCAGCAAUGGUAACAACAAGGAGGCUACAGGAGAGAUUCACACCAUCUUUGGUGGGCCUGCAGGAGGAGGACAUUUGAAUCGAAGGGUAACUCCCUGCGAACUGACAUUCAAUGAGGAGGACGCUCGAGAUGUCCACCACCCUCAUGACGAUGCACUAGUGGUGGCCAUGACUAUAACUAACCACAAAGUGUUUCAGAUCUUAGUGGACACCGACAUCUUGGCUGAUAUCCUCUUUGUCGAUGCCUUCGACAAGAUGGAGGUUGGAAGAUCUCGACUUCGACCCAUCAAAACUCCUCUGCUCAGGUUCGCAAGGGACGAGGUUAUGUCCGAAGGAUCCAUACUCCUCCCAGUCAUUGCAGGAGAAGGACUAAAUCAGACGACGAUGAUGAUCGACUUUCUUGUAGUCGACUACCCUUCCGUCUAUAACAUUAUCCUUGGACGACCCUCUCUCAACACUUUACGAGUAGUGGUAUCAACAUGCCACCUUAUAAUGAAAUUUUCGACCGAGCACGAGGUCGGGCAAGUCAGGGGAGACCAACAGGAAGCUCGCUAG